AUUUUAUUUUGAAGGCCCAAUGGUAGUUAGAGGAAGUUUCGUCAGUGUGACGUCGUUCCGUUCGUUCUGCGUUGUGGCGGGUUUUCUGCUACUGAGGGAAAGAUGGACGUGGAUAUGAAAGAGGCUGAUGGCGAACAAAUCCAGCCAGACACGCAGAAUAAAAAGGAAGAUGUUGUCUCAAAGCCAGCGACGAGUACUUACGAACUACCAUGGGUUGAAAAAUACAGACCUAUGAAGUUGAAUGAAAUUGUUGGAAAUGAGGAAACUGUCAGCAGACUGGAGGUGUUUGCCAGGGAGGGCAAUGUACCCAACAUAAUCAUUGCUGGUCCCCCAGGCACUGGAAAAACAACAAGCAUUUUAUGUUUGGCAAGAGCUCUUCUUGGCCCAGCAAUGAAGGAUGCUGUGCUUGAACUGAAUGCCUCAAAUGACAGAGGUAUCGAUGUUGUCAGAAACAAGAUAAAGAUGUUUGCCCAGCAAAAAGUUACUCUCCCCAAAGGGCGUCACAAAAUCAUAAUUCUGGAUGAAGCUGACAGCAUGACAGAUGGAGCUCAGCAGGCUCUGAGAAGAACUAUGGAGAUCUAUUCAAAGACCACUAGAUUUGCCCUGGCCUGCAAUGCGUCAGACAAGAUUAUCGAGCCCAUUCAGUCCCGCUGUGCAGUGCUGCGCUACAGUAAGUUGAGGGAUGAGCAGAUCAUGAUGCGGCUGAUGGAGGUGGUGGAGAAAGAGAACCUGCACACCACCAAUGAUGGCUUGGAGGCCAUUAUCUUCACUGCCCAAGGAGAUAUGAGACAGGCACUGAACAACUUGCAGUCUACAAAUUCUGGAUUUGGUUUUAUCAACAGUGAAAAUGUAUUCAAGGUAUGUGAUGAGCCACACCCUUUGCUGGUAAAAAACAUGCUCGAACACUGUGUCAACGCUAAUAUCGACGAAGCUUACAAGAUCAUUGAACAGCUUUGGUCUCUUGGCUAUUCUCCUGAGGACAUAAUAGGGAACAUCUUCAGAGUGUGUAAAACCUUCCAAAUGCCAGAGUACUUGAAACUGGAGUAUAUCAAGGAGAUUGGCUACACACACAUGAAGAUAGCGGAAGGAGUAAACUCCCUUUUGCAAAUGGCUGGACUCCUAGGGCGACUCUGCAGUAAGACUGCUGCACCCGAUGCCAGCUAAAGCUUAACAAGUAUUCAAGGCUUCUUAGCCUUCCUGUGCUUAAUAUCUGCAAGCAAAAGCAUUUGUAGAGAUACCUUUACUUGUAAAUACUUUUGAAAAUCAUUAAUAAAAAAAAAACUACUUUUUCAG